AUGGCCGCCAUACCGACGACUAAGCUGAGCGGUGGGGUGUCAGUUCCAGUGGCAGCAAUUAAGACAGGGUACAGACACCUCGAUGGAGCUGAGGCCUACGGAACCGAAAGAGAACUCGGCAUUGCAAUCAAGGACAGCAAUGUGAAGAGAGAAGGGUUUUUUGUCACGGCCAAGGUGGAAAAGAGCAUUGGAAAUAUCCAAGAGGCCAUCGAUACCACGCUACAGAACUUGCAGCUGGACUAUGUCGAUUUAUACUUGAUCCAUGCGCCUUUCUUCGCUAAAACAGACGAAGACUUGCAGUUGAAAUGGGCUGAGAUGGAAAAAGUCCAGCAGUCCGGCAAGGCACGGUCGAUAGGCGUGUCCAACUUCCUGCAGCCGCAUCUGGAGGCAAUUCUGCAGACGGCGAGUAUCAAGCCGUCAGUGAACCAGAUAGAGUUCCACCCUUACCUCCAGCAUGGAGAUUUACUUGCCUUGCAUAAGCAGUUGGGUAUCACUGUUGAGGGAUACUCGGCGCUGACGCCCCUGAUACGGGCCAAGGGAGGCCCAGUGGAUGGAGUCGUCGCUCGGCUGGCUAAGAAAUACGCUGUGAGCGAAGGGAAUGUGCUUCUACGGUGGUCGAUGGAUCAGGGCGUGGUGACAAUCACAACUAGCGGCAAGGAGGAGAGGAUGAAGGAGUUCUUGGACGUGCUGAGGUUCAAACUGACGGCAGACGAGAUCGCAGAGAUAUCGAGUCUGGGUGCACAGAAGCACUAUCGAGCCUCUUGGAAGGGGAAGUUUGCACCAGAUGAUCGAUCAUAG